CAAACAAAUUAAGUUAAACAUUAUUAAACUUAAUUUGUUUGAUUAGAUUCAACCCAUGUAAAUUAUGUGCAAAAAUUUUGCAGACAUCAUUUUUUUCUUAACAAUGUUACACAUAUAUUUCUAGGCCAGUGGGCACAGGAAAUAUGGUGAUCUUGCAAACAAUGACAGGGGCAUACCUUUAAACUGUCAUUUCUAACAUUUGACAGAUAAUUUAAAAAGUGGCUUCGAAGACAGCCAUGCUCCCAGAAAGAUUAUUCUACUAAACAUUACUCUACCCAUUAGUUCUUUGACAUUGAAUUAAUUAAUUUGCAUAAAACAAUAGGUUAUUUUAAAUGGGUUACGUUUAUUAUCUCGUAAAAAUAAAAUAAAAACAGGAAUCUGACAAGAAUUAUGAAAAAAUACUUUACAUUUUCCACAUAAAGUGUAACUCUCUGCUGCCCCCAGGUGCCUGUCUGUGUGCACACAAAGGUAAACAGCUUGAUUUAUUAGGAUGUAGAAAAUAGUACAAGUAAAUGUUAUUUAUUUCUUCUAUGGUGCAUUUUAGUUUUUAUUUUGAUCAUUGGUCAUGUAAUUAUAAUUAAAUGAUGUAAUUUUGCACACUACAUUAUGCUUAUAUUUCCUUUUUUGCAACGCAAUGACUGAAUGCUCUAAUGAACAAGCCACUGUUUGAUUGCUCUUGAUUGAUCAUAUUAUAGCUUCCCUGAUACUUAUGCAUGCUCUGUAAUCGUGGGAAGAGUAAACAAUAGCCAUCGGGGAAUCCAGUGACAGCAGCAGAACACGUCAGAGUAGCAUCAGCGCUCGCGCUCAACGCUGUUCGUGGACAAGCUCACAGUGUAAAGAGCAGUCAGAGAAAGUGGAUUGCAGAGGACAUUUCUCAAAAUGAAUAACUACUGCAAUUUUUUUUUUCAGAGAAUUUGCUUAUGAAUUGUAGUGGGAAAAUUAAAGUGAAGUCUUAAAAAUGCCGAGCUUGUGCAUUAUAUUUUCGAAGACGCGAGAAGUUGGAGACGUGGAUUUUCAUUUUAAGGAAUACAUUUCUCAAUUUGGACAGCCCACCAUGCGCAGGUUGCCGUGCCUUGCCUCCCAGCCAAGAGGAGAAAUACCACUGUGCUACUGACGGGGUUUUUACGCGCAGCUGAACAAAGAUGCCAGAGGAGCUCACUAACUGCAGUCUGUGUUGCUGUACCACGACCAACAAAAUAUUCAUGGUGGUCUUCAUGAUAUCACUCAUACUUGCUAUACUAUUCGGAAACCUCCUGACACUGGCGGUGGUCUCUGGAACCAAACACUUCCACACUCCCCAGGGGUAUUUAAAAGCAUCACUGGCCGUGGCAGACCUGGCUGUGGGCGUUUUUGUGGUUCCCAUUUCAGUCUACACAGAAAUAUCUCUAAUGGUUUACAACUCGAUGCCAGAGUGGACAACGCGCAAUUCCCAAACCUCACCUUUCCACCCGUGCAGUUUCAUCGGUCCUGUGUUUGCGGGAUGCACUUUGGUUUCCAUUACAACCAUUUUCCUCCUGACUAUUGAAAGGAGCAUUGCUGUUUUGAAGCCACUGCACAAGGAAUCUGUCAUAACUAAAAAGAGAACAAGCAUACUAAUAGUGUUUUCCUGGAUGGGCAGUUUUUUCCUGGCAAUAUCUCCAAUGGUUUUCAGCAACGAAAUCGCGCUGGAGUACAAUCCUUGCAGCCGAAUGUGCAAUUACGCGCUGGGAAGCGCAGACUUCCCAUCCAGAGCUUGGAAAAUUCUUUUACUCUUCCCUGCCUUUGACUUUACGCUGCUCGGAGGUACAGUUGUCAUCAAUAUCAUAUCCCUCACCACAAUCCGCCAGCAUUCAAAAAGAAGAAAACACCUGGCAGAGACCGAGAACCAAAGCGCAACGAAGCCAACCUUCUCCGACAUCAAGGCUGCCAAGACGAUAGGGACCCUCACUUUGGCGUUCACCGCUUCCUUUACUCCCAUUGCCGUGUUUGUAGUUGGAAAUGUGCUGGGAAACGAAUGGUGCACUUUUUCGUUUUUUGCCUUUUGGAUUUUGACGACGAACAGCUGCUGGAAUGUGAUAAUCUAUGGCGUGAGAGACCAGAAGUUUAGAAGUCGCGCGUGUCAGCUGCUUACCUCAGCUCGAUUGAACACUGCAUCUAAGAAAACCGAGUACGAAAACACUGUAAAUGGCGGGAAAACCGACGAGGAAGCAGCCAAGCAACCCUAAUCACUGAUAUGGCUGAUUAAUAGCCUAAUUUAAGUGGUGCUUUUAUUAAAGGCACUUAAAAUGUUCUA